AUGAUAUACCGUUACUCAAAUGAGUAUGAUGAGCAUGAUGAGCACGAAGAAGUACAAAAGUUUGAGGAUGCCUAUGAUGAAGCUCAAAGACUACGUGAGAUUCGGGCAGCGCAAAAGCAACAACUUGAACGAACAAACACUCCCAUCCCUGAUUCCUCAGCUAAUGAUCGAUCCAAAAAGUCUAAGGAUGCUCGCACCGGUAGCGAUGACUCCGACGAUGGUGGCGAUGACUCUGGCGACGGUGUGCCUGUUGAUUCCAAUGCUCAUGAAGGAUGCGAUGGUUCUCAUGACGAUGGUGAAUCUAAUAGUUCUCUUGAAGAUGCCGCUCCCACCCGCCGUCGUUGCGACGCCUGCGACAAGACUUUCUUGGGCCAAGAUUGA